CUGGCUGGCUGAGCUGAACACAAAAUGUUGUUUGUAUCGGUGAUAACCGUGUCUUUGGGUGUCUUACUCGCAGCGAAAGAUGUAACAAGUUCAAAUGUUGGAAGUCAGAUGAUGAGUAAAUUCAGACACUUAGACUUUUACUUUAAAUGCUGUGAGGGACACGUUGUCAGACGAGUUGGCGGCGAUCACGCAAAGUGCUGUGGGAUUCAUACCUACGACUCCCGCUUCUUCUUCUGCUACCGAAGACUUAUCUACCCACUCUGCGGCAAACUGACCUACAAUCCAGUUACCCAGAAAUGUUGUCAUGGAGUGGUAAACCCUCGUGUAGGCGGUCAGUAUAGCACAUGUUGUCACACCAAGAGUUACGACGGCCAACGAAACUUUUGUUUCGAAAGGAAAGUGUACCCAAAGUGCCACAAUAGUGCUUACAACCCUCAGUCGUUUAUCUGUUGCGAAAACAAAAUCAGACCUCUCGUUAGUGGACAAAGUACCAAAUGCUGCAAAGAUAAAAGUUACGACAGUGGAAGUUAUUUUUGCUUCAAUCAGUACAUUUAUCCUCAAUGCUUCAAGAAAACAUACAAUCCUUUGACCUACAUUUGCUGCCAGAACAACUUCUACACUCGUCCCGGUGGUAAAUAUGCGAGAUGCUGUGAGAAGAAGGCAUAUGACUCGUCCACCAAUUUCUGUCACAGAGGCACCAUUGUUCCCAAAUGUGGUAACAGAAUAUACGACCCUGAUCACUUCCUAUGUUGCAAUGGUAACCUAUGUCCUCAGUACGGAGUAAAGCAAGGCAAAUGCUGCGGCAUAAAAAGCUAUGACUCACGCUACUACUUCUGCUAUGGAAGCAAGAUCUACAAAAAGUGUGGCGGAAAUGCCUACAAUAUCCAGACGUCAUUCUGUUGUGGGAACCUCGUGGCACCUCGGGGUGGUUACGGCCACUAUGCCAGCUGCUGUUACAAACGUCCAUAUAACUCACGCACUGAGUUCUGUUUCAGCCAAAAGGUGUACGCUAAAUGUGGCUUGUCCCCUUACAAUCCCACCAGGAGCCUUUGCUGCAACAAGCGCGUAGUUCCUAAGAUUGGUGGUAGCUUUACCGCUUGCUGCCUCACUAGAAGUUAUGACAGCCGGCAAUACUUCUGCCAUGGAGGUAAGAUCGUUCCCUUGUGCGGAAAGAAGCCUUACAAUCCAGUUAGCCAGAUUUGUUGCAAUUCUGUGAUUGCUGCACGGACGGGUGGAUUGCAAGCCGGGUGUUGUGGUAGAAGCAGCUAUAACCAGCUCUUAGCUUUUUGCGCCGGCGGAGUUGUUUACAAUAAGUGUGGAAGUAGUCCUUACAACCCUACCCGUCAGCAGUGCUGCAGUGGGAAGGUUGUUCCUCGAGUUGGCGGCAAGGACGCCAAGUGUUGUGGUGCCCACAGUUACGAUCCCGUUUCAUACUUCUGCAACAGUGGCCAUGUCUUCCUGAAGUGCAAUGCCAACAGCUAUGAUCCCUCCACGCACAUGUGCUGUGAGAAUUACUUAGUAUCCCGACUUGGUGGUGCUGCUGCACGCUGCUGUUCGCGGUACAGUUACAGUUCUCUGACCCACUUCUGCCACUCAGACAAAGUGUACACUUUGUGUGGCAAGACUGAGUACAAUCCAUCCAGCUUCAUUUGCUGCAAUGGACAAGUGACGUCGCGUGUAGGAGGCUCGAGGGCGAAGUGUUGUGCUCAUCUCAGCUAUGACGAUAGCCGCUACUUUUGUCUUCAAUCAAAAGUCUAUCCACUCUGUGAGAAGAAAAGCUACAACCCUGCUGUGACAUUAUGUUGCCUUGGCAGUCAACAGCCACGUAUUGGAGGACUGGCAGCCAAAUGCUGUGCUAACACCUCUUACGACUCUCGCAUAAACUUCUGUUACGACAAAGUUAUCUACGGUCGAUGCCAGCAGCAGCAAUACAACCCAGGCACAUACCAAUGUUGCAAUAAAUAUCUUGUCCAGCGCGCCGGUUCAACCUCUCGCUGCUGUGGUCAAAAAAGUUACCACCCAGACAAGUUCUUUUGCAGUAAUAAUAAAUUGUAUGCACUGUGUGCCAACAGCCCAUACAAUCCCCUCGGGGACCUCUGUUGUGCCGGUACUUCCAUUCCCUUGGGUAAAAUUCCCCUCCGGUACGCCAGUUGUUGCGGAAAAUCAGUCUACAAUACGCACUACGAGUUCUGUUACCGUGAUGUGGUACACCCCAAAUGCGGCGGCCAAGCUUAUGAUCCUAACACCCAGUCCUGCUGUAACAACAAAGUCCUUCAUCUAGCCGGUGGUCAUUACUCUAAGUGCUGUGGCUAUGUGAACUACGAUUCAAGGGAUUAUUUUUGCCAUGCUAACAAAACAGUGUUGCACAAGUGCAGUGGUAAAAUAUACAACCCUUUAAGUGAACAAUGUUGUGGUGGAAAAAUUGGCCCUAACUACGGUCCACGAGACUCUGACUGCUGCGGUAAUCAAGCUUUUAAUUCGCGGAUUUCAUUUUGUCACGGCGGCACAGUUUAUCAGCGGUGUAACUACAAAACCUACGACCCUGCUGCCUUCUUGUGUUGCAAAGGCGAGGUAGUAUUGAACGAUGGAGGAAACAAUACGAAAUGCUGCGGAAAAAAGAGCUAUAACAGUCAGUUAUUCUUCUGCCAUAACGAAAAGAUCAUCUACUUAUGUGAAGGCAGCCCGUAUGAUCCCGUCAAGUCCACUUGCUGCGGCGGUACACUGGCCACUUAUGGACAGAUCCCUUCUCCUUACGCAAAAUGCUGUGUCAACAACUUGUACGACCACAGAACAUAUUUCUGUCACGGAGGAAAGAAGUACCAGAAGUGUGGCCAAGCUGCAUACGUACCAGAUACCUCGCAGUGCUGCAAUGGAACAGUUGUUCUGCAAAAGGGAGGACUCCUUUCUAGAUGCUGUGGGAAAGAGAGUUAUAAUUCUUAUUCGCAUUUCUGUUUGGAAGGGAAGAUAAUUCAAAAGUGCGGAAACAGCACCUACGCACCUCUAUCUCACCUUUGUUGUGCUGGUAAUGUUCAACCUCGCACUGGUGGAAACUACGCCCAGUGCUGUGCGACCAGCAGUUACGAUAGCUCUAAGUCUUUCUGUUCCGGCGUGAAGACAUACCCGCGCUGCGGAGGUCAUGAAUACAACCCUAUCUCCUUCAUCUGCUGUGGAGACAUGCCCGUUACCCGUGAUGGGGGGCUUACCGCGCAGUGCUGUGGGGCGAAGAGUUACGACUCUCGGUUUUACUUCUGCGAAAACAUGAAGAUCUACACUUUGUGCGAGAAGAAAAAGUACGACACUUUGAAGUUUACUUGUUGUGACAACCAGCUAAAUCCACUUUUUGGCGGAAACCGCACAGAGUGCUGUGGGAAGAAAGCAUAUGCAAGUAACCGCUUCUUCUGCACGAAUGGUCAAGUUACUCCUCUUUGUAACAACGCUCGGUACGACUUGGACACCCAGAAGUGUUGUGCUGACACCGUGACACCCAAACUGGGAGGACAACUUUCGAAAUGCUGCGGUAAAGAAAGCUACGAUCCCAGUCUUUAUUUCUGUUACAAUGACACCAUUACGUCAUUAUGUGGUGGCACAAAGCCCUAUGAUCUUGCCAGCUCUUUGUGCUGUAAUGGAACAGUUCAACAGCGAAUUGGUGGAAAAGACACAAAGUGUUGUGCCCAAUCCCCUUACAACUACAAGACCCACUUUUGCAAUAAAAACCGUGUGUAUUCACUCUGUGGCGGUGUCCCGUACGACCCUCACUCUGGUAUCUGUUGUGGAUCAAAGCUCAACCCGCGACCUAAUGGAGCAGUUCUCGAGUGCUGCCAGGAAAAUGCCUAUGACCCGUCCAUUUUUGUGUGUCUUUGGGGAACGAAAAUAGCUCCAAAGUAUGACAAGAAGGCCUACUGAAGCUAUUAUUAUUAUUCCACAAGAACUCUUGCAAGGCACACCUUGAUAAAGUAUUGAGUUUAUUGAUAUUUCAAAUUUUCCAAUCAUGUGGUCGUUAGCUUAUUUAAAAAGAGGUUUAACACAUUUAAAAGGCUUCGUAAUUGGGCAUUUUGUAAAUCCGACAAGCGCCCGUUUGGAUGGCUACAUGCUCUUUGAAUAAAAUAACAAUUUUUCUC